AUGGAUGAAGAUGAUUUUGUGAGAAGUAAACCAGUGGAUAAUCCUAUACUAUUAGCUCCAAAGAGGCCAGCGAAAAAGAACGACGAUGGCAUUGAAGAUCCUCCCUCCCUUUUCGCAAACUUAUCGAGAAAGGAAGACUCAUUUGGAAUAUCUGGUCUUGAUUCCCCCCCGAAGGAGAAAAUCGUAUGCCCUUUGUGUAUGAAGGAUUUAUCCCAGCUCAAUACUGUUCGAAGAUCUCUUCAUACCAAUCAAUGUCUUGAUGGCCAACAAACAAUUACUAAUCAUCAGAAAGCAAAGGAAAAGCAUUCUCUAACUAUAGAUUGUCCUAUUUGUAGGAAACCUUUAGAACCUGGACCAUUUCGAUCGGCACACAUUAAAAAAUGCGGUAGGGAAAGCAAUGUAUCCGCAUCGAAACUCGUAGACUUGCUGGACUUACAAACAAAAGUCGUUGAAGUAAAUAAGAAAAGAGGAAUCAAUCAUACAAGUGCUCCUAUCCCUACUGUGAAAGCUGUCAAACCACAAAAGCUGAAAAACGAGCCGAAGACCAAGCUAGACGAAGAUUUGCAGCUAGCGAAGGCGUUGUCUGAGAGUAUGGAAUUUGUGAGCAACAAGCCUCCCACUUUUCAACAUGAUAGUCCACAAUUUCAAAGACUGGAGGAUUUGAAGACAAACCGGAAAAAAAGACCCCGAUCGUAUUCCAUAGUCCAGCUCGCACCACAUGAAUGCCAAUGCCAAGUACUAACUCUUUUACAUGAACGUUUUAUCUCUAUGUUCAAAACAAGAAAAAGAAAGCCGAUUAGAGACUACGUAGCAGAAUGUGACAAUAAAGUGAAUUUCUUAGCUAUACAAGAAAGAAAGACACUAGACAGGCUACUGCAUCUUGAAAAUUUGGCAAAAGACUUAUACUCGUUGAGUGAUCAAAGUAAUAAAACCUUCGACUUCACCUUGAAAUGUACUGAUGGAGAAGUGAAUUGUCAUCGCAUGAUAUUAGAGAAACGUACAAGGGAGAUAACUCAGAGAAGGGAAAAUAUUUGUGAAGUAAACGCGUCUACUGGAAUGGUGCAGUACUGGCUGUCCUAUGUAUAUUCCGGGGCUAUUGAAUGGUCGAUAGAUGAUAAUGAAUCUAUAAGAAGAUUAGGAUUGAAGUACGGACCUGAAGGUAUCAUAAUUGCUUGCAAAAGGAUCGAAAAUCAAGAAGACGAAAACGAGAGAGAAAAAUGCUUUUUGAGAAGAGUCAAAUCGGCAACAGAGCUUCUUCACAAGGAGCCCGUUCUGGAGAGCAAACCUAUACAUCCUCAGUGCGAUGAUCCAUUAUCUGAAAAUAUUUCUACACCUCCGGAAGAUCUGCAUGAUGAUAUCAUUAGCUCUGAAACAUUAUAUGAGAAUAAGACUGUAGAUUGUGAAGAUCCAUUGCAAGGCAUACACAUGGAUACUUCGAUAAUCAGCAUUGAAAGUGAUAUAACUAUUAUCAACGAGGUUUCUAAACGAUCGCCUUCAAUCCAAAUAAGCGAUGAGAAAGAUAAAGAAGAAAGCCCAGAGCUGAUAUCAACAGAAGAGAUACUGGAUGAACCACCACUUCAAGAAGAAGUUGAACCGUAUGAAAGUUUGAUUCCACAACCUAAUGUGUCUCAAUCAUAUUAUGAAGCGAACUAUGAUUUUCCUAUGAAUGAUGAAGAUAUUUAUAGAGAAAGCUUCUGGAAAACCAACACGACAGAAGAGAAAGAAAAGACCCCGGAUGAAGUAUUGCAACAACCUCCUGACAAGAACAAGCAACCUCUACCAGCACGUCGAAGAAGCUCACGAUUGACACGAAUCAGGGAAUCUCUGGAAGGCGUGCAAGAUUACGAUUCUUUCGACAACCCAAACAUGUGCGAUCGUCUGAGAAUGGAACCCUUAGAUUCAUUCGACGAGAUAGACGCCCAGAAUAACAUCCAAUCUCAUGAUUUACCUAUACAAUCUCCGAGUACUUCUUUUGCCAUGCCUCUUGCUCAAUCAACUCCCCUACAGCCUUCUUUGAAGAGACCAAAAUUUGGUUCGAACGUUAAAAUUCUGAAAACUACCGAAAUUACUCCUAUGCCGAACUAUGAAGGAAUGGAUGACAAUGAUUUGAAGAAAGAGUUAGCUCGCCAUGGUCUCAGACCUAUGGGUAGGAAAAGAGCUGUGGAGUAUCUUCGAAACAUUUAUGAAUCUGUUCACCCAGGUUAUAAUUCAUGCGUAGUGUUGGUAUAG